CUCUACUAUAGGGGUGGAUAUGCACUUUUCCUAAAAUAAUUCGAUCAAAUUCAAUUGGGCUUGAGAUCAAGUCGGAUUCAAAUCUGGACGGGAUCCGGCCCGCUGCGCCUAAAACGAAAAAUCCUCAUACUUGAAUUAGUGACAGUGAAAAUAUUACUAGCACAUUUUUCCCACUAAUUUAAAGAAAAAGGGUUGAAUUUCAGCAUUCUAGAGUUGUGGUGUUUGGAUAUCAAAUUAGAGUCGCAGAGCUAAGCAAGGGUUUACCGGAACGAAUCCAUGCCGUGCUUGAACAUUUCCACUAACGUCAGCCUCGAGGCCACCGACACUUCUGCCAUACUCUCCGAGAUCUCCUCCACCGUUGCCAAGCUCAUCGGCAAACCCGAGGCUUAUGUGAUGGUUGUGUUGAAGGGAUCUGUCCCCAUAUCAUUUGGAGGGACAGAGCAGCCUGCUGCUUAUGGAGAGCUUGUUUCAAUUGGAGGGCUUAGUCCUGAUGUCAACAAGAAGAUCAGUGGUGCUAUUGCCGACAUACUUGAGACUAAGCUAUCCGUGCCAAAAGCACGAUAUUUCCUCAAAUUCUAUGACACAAAGGGUUCCAACUUUGGCUGGAAUGGAUCGACAUUCUAGGUUCUUGCCUCGGAUUUUCCUUCUAAUUCAGGAUUUUCACUACGGGUCCACUCCCUAAAUAUGUGCACGGAAGCAGCUUCGAUGAUUGCAUCUUAUGUAUUUGAAUUCUGAAUGACUCACUCGAGCAUCAAACAUAUUGCUGAUGGUGCUAUAUUAUCCUGUAUUAUGCUAAAAUCUUGCUGAACGGGGUGGUUUUACUAGACUCUGUAUGGUGUAAAGGAUUACUCGUAAUGUUAUGCGCUCUUUGAAUAUCAA